GUGACAUCGCUAACAGAUUCAGAUUGACCAACAAGAAGCUCCUUUCACCAAUGAGAAACCUGAAACAAACCUUGGACACGCCCAUUACUCCGAGCUGCAGCGCCCCGUUUAUGUUCAGUUUCAGUCAGUGUCGAUCUUCUGAGGUGAGGAGAGCAGUUCACGGUAUUACUUAUAUUUCACAACCAUCAAACACACUUUAUACAGUUUGAUUGAGCGAUGUGUUGUGUGUUCGUUUAAGUUGUUGUUUCUUUGUUUGGGGUGAGAACUUUUACUGAAUGUCAAAAGUCAAAGUUUGAGAUCUGUGAGGGGAAUUGAUGUGAAAAGUGUUGCUGUGGCCAUUUCAUUUCUAUCUUUUGAUUUCUGAAUCUCUUUUUCAGAUCAACUUAGUUGUUUUACAUUAUUAAACUGGAACAGAGACUGCUAAAUACAUCGAGCCUGUAAUGAGUCAGACCUGAUGGAAGAGAGCGAGGAGAGUGAAGAACGGAGUGAAAUGGAGCAGAAACAUCAUGACAAACCUGGAGAAAAACCUUUGAGUCGCUCAAAGACUAAAAAGACAUUUUUAAAGAAAAGAAGAGCCAAGAAAUCUACAACCUGCACUCAGUGUGGAAAGAGUUUCUCAAACAAACAAAAUCUUGAGCGCCACAUGAUGAUCCACACCGGAGAGAUGCCAUUUACAUGUGAUCAAUGCGGAUGGAAAUUCUUAACCAAACAACAGUUUGAGGUUCAUGUAAGAGUUCAUACUGGAGAGAGACCGUUCACAUGUGAUCAAUGCGGGAAGAGCUUUAUGGAUUCAUCAAAACAUAAAAGACACAUGAAAAUCCACACUGGAGAGAAGCCGUACGCAUGUGAUCAAUGUGGGUUUAGUUUCACAGAAUCAGAUAAACUUAAGAGACACAUGAGGAUCCACACUGGAGAGAAGCCGUACGCAUGUGAUCAAUGUGGGAAGAGUUUCACAGAUUCAGGAAACCUUAAGAGUCACAUGAGAAUCCACACUGGAGAAAAGCCUUUCAUGUGUGAACAGUGUGAAAAGAGAUUCUCAACCAAACAUAGUCUUGAGCUUCACAUGAGAAUCCACACUGGAGAGAAACCGUUCACAUGUGAUCAGUGCGGGAAGAGCUUCAAACAUAAAUCAAGUCUUGAGCUUCACAUGAGAGUUCACACUGGAGAGAAGCCAUACAUGUGUUUUCAGUGUGAAAAGAGAUUUGCUCACAGAAAAAAUCUUAAUGCUCACAUGAUGAUCCACACCGAAGAGAAACCGUUCACAUGUGAUCAGUGUGGGAAGAGUUUCAAACAUAAAUCAAGUCUUGAGCUUCACAUGAGAGUUCACACUGGAGAGAAGCCGUUCACAUGUGAUCAAUGCGGCAAAACAUUUCUUAGGUCACCAGAUCUGAAGAUACACCUGACAGUUCAUAUGAAGGAGAAGCCACAUUCAUGUUCUGUGUGUGGAAAGAGUUUUUCACUGCUGUCAUAUUUACAUGCACACCAGAAAAUACACACUGGUGUGAGAGAGUACAUGUGCUUUGAGUGUGAGAAGACUUUUAUUUCAGCGAAACAUUUAAAACGUCACCAGAGAAUUCACACUGGAGAAAAACCUUACAAGUGUUCACACUGUGACAGGAGAUUCAGUGUGUCAUCAUCUCUGAAAACACAUGAGAGAAUUCACACUGGAGAAAAACCUUACAAGUGUUCACAUUGUGACAAGAGAUUCAGUCAGUCAUCAUCUCUGAAAAGACAUGAGAGGAUCCACAGCAGAGAGAAGCCGCACACAUGUGAUCAGUGUGGAAAGAGUUUCGCUAUUAAACGCUCUCUAAAUCUACACAUGAAGAUCCAUGCAGUGGAGAAACCACUUAAUGGAGAAACCACUUAGUUUCCUAACAGCCAUGAUGAGUGACAGGACAUUUUGUUGGUUGAUUGUAGUGCUGGGCGAUCUGAUGAGUUUAUAUCAUGUUAUAUCUUGAAGACGUUUUCAAGAGAAUCAUAGAGAUUGUGAUCUUUUAUAUCUCCAUAAUAAUGUCAAAACUACACCAAUGAAUGCCCAUUAGAUGAUUGUGCUAACUGGCCAACAACUUAAAGGUUUAAUUAAAGCUGCUGUCCGCAGUUUUUCCUCUUUGUCGCCAUCUCUGUUUGAAACAUGCGAUUGCAGUCAUAUGCGGAACAGUUAUCUGUACGUGCGUUGUGCGUCGGCACAGCUCGUCA